AUGGUUGGUGCCUACAUACUAUCAGUUCUUCUUGCGGGUCCACCGAUCAAGUACCACUCAGCUCCUCCUCUCCAAGCCCUGGCCCCAGCCGACAAGUCUGGUUCGAUUGAACUCUGCCAAUUCGAGCCAUACCAGACCGUCGACAGUCAACAUCAUGCGGGUAUUAUCAUCAUCACCUCGGCCAUUUGCCUGGUAAUCACGCUGGUGUGUUUAUUGAUCCGUCUGUACGUGCGGUUAUUGUUGAGUCCGCCAUUGGCAUUUGACGAUGUGAUCCUGCUCGGCGCAACGCUCACAGCCAUUGUGGAGUCGAUUAUCGUGUUUUAUUCCUCAUCCAUUGGAUUCGGCACGGCAAUCUCGCUUCUCGAUGAGCGGACCGUAUCGAAGAUUCAAAACCAUGUCGCCGCCGCCGACGUCCUGUAUCUCAUCACGCUGUUCCUCUCCCGGUGCUGCAUAGUCGCCAUCUACUCUCGUUUGACCCCGCGACGGGCUCAUAAAAAUAUCCUGUGGGCUACCUUCGCGAUCAGCACGGCGGUCAUCAUCGUCUCUAUCUUUAUCACCACAAUCGAUUGUUCCGUCAACAAGCCAUGGGUGACGCCGGCAGAACACUGCGUGAACCUGUUCCCCCGCUGGCAAUUCAUCACGGCCAUCGACAUCAUCGUGGAGGUCUUUCUCUUCCUGUUCUCCAUCGGACUGGUCUAUGGACUCCAAAUGCCUCUCAGACAUAAGAUUGUCAUUAUGAUUUCUUUUGCAGCGAGAUUACCACUCGUCCCCUUCGAAGCCGUCCGUCUCACUUAUUUCCACCGAUUCAUCAACUCAUCCAACCCCACCUUCGAUGCAAUCCAACACUACCUCUGGACCCAAAUCGAUAUGAACUACGCCCUGGUGUCGUGCACCGUGUUUUGCCUCCGUCCGUUCAUGAACGCUGUCACCACCGCGUACGGCACAGCCGGCGACUCGAAUCUCGAGAGUAGCGCCCGCUCCAGAAGUAACCCCUACGGUUCGGGUACAAUGCACAGCUCUGGUCGACAUCGCGGCGGAGACUACGCUCUGCAGAAUCUCGAGGCCGGGUCAUCCCACGGUCAUGGUGGAGGAGGAGGUAGAGGAGGACCGUUCAUUCCCCCCGGGGCCCCAGGCAGGGAGGGCGCAAAUACAAUGGUGACUUCUUAUCAGAACGGUGGUGAUCCCGGUCAGCAUUCGGAUCGUGAUGAUCGACAGAGUCUGGGUAGUGAGGGGAGUACGAAGAUGAUUAUUAAGAAGGAUGUGGAGUAUACCGUGGAAAGAGAGCCUCGGGGACAUGAAUUAUAA